AUGUCCGCCAUACCUGUGGCAGACUAUCGGGCACUCUGCUGGCACAAGUCCCGUUACAUAGGAACUUCUGGCUGGCCCCAUGCAGUACUCUCCUCAACAGAUAAAAGAUAGACUUCUAAGGGCACUAGAUGAGGACAAUAAUGUUGUGGACAUGGCCCAAGUGUUGGAGGUCAUCUCCAUUCUGGAGACCUAUACCAUUACUAGAGAAGCUUUGGAGCAAACUAGAAUUGGAAAGACCAUUAAUGAACUGCGGAAAAAGACGAAAAAUGAGGAACUGGCAAAAAGGGCCAAGCGCUUGGUGCGAAGCUGGCAGAAGCUUGUAUCUGGCGGGGGAGAUUCCGGGGCAACAAAUGGGGAUCCGUCAGGGGCCUUGCCUCAUCCAUGUGUGGCUAUGUUACAGGGUAGUCCCCGAUCCCGCCCCAAUAGUCCCGCCUCAGUCCUCAGCAAUAUCUCACCGGGCCUGUCAAUCAGCCGGCCAGGUACUCCUCUCACUCCAGGGAGCAAGUCUAGUCUAACCUCAAACAGGGUGAAAUCUCGCCCUCAGACACCCAACUCUGUGGGAAGUGGGGCACGGCUUCAGACUAAUGUGUCCCCUAAGCUGCAUUUUGGUGGCAGAAUUGGUGCCCAACCCAACCAAAAUGCGACCUCAGAAAACCUGGGCCACCGUCAAACUCUCUCCCCGCUGAUCACUGGAACUAAAGGGAGAACACUCAGUCCCGCUGUAUCUGGUGGCAUUCGUGUUAGCCCCUCUAGCGAUCGGGGGAAGACAAAGAAGCCAGAUAAAAACGCUGUACAAAAUGUGAAUCAUUCCAAUGGAAAUAAAAACCUUUCUCCUGCCUUGUAUGGGGUGAACUCUGAACUCAGCAGAUCUCCUGCCUUGCCUGGAGUUAACUCUGAACUUAGCAGAUCUGAUCUGGCAGCACAGAAGAAACGGUCGCGAACAGAAGCUGACACAGACAGCUCCUCCACCAAAAGACUGUCCGUGCGAACUGGCUGGACUGCCGGGGAUAACUCCUGCCAGCCUCCCGCGAACCAGUUAAACCAAGAGCGUAGACACUCGCCGGUAAAUGGGAUGGUGAAGCACUCUGGGAAGUCUAGUGGCCUUAAGGGGUUUGUGAGGGAAAGUCAUUACCGCCCAGCAACCACGCUUCAUGGUAGUAAGCCAGCCACUGUCACAUCACCUAGCCUGGAUGACUCAAGAGAUAGUGACAGCUUCUCCGCCAAGCGGACUAUUAAUUUCAGUGUGCAAAAUAAACUGGGCGAUGCCGACAAACCUGGCAAAGAAAGUUUAGUAAAACCUCCCAAAGCAAGGGUAAAAACUACAGCUGAGUUAAUCGCUGAACUCCAGGCAAAAAGUGAUACUGUCGAUCGUAAAACUUUGGAAAGAAUUGCCUCUGUUGAACGGGAAGCUGACGAUUUAAACCAGUCAGUUGUGCCUGCUGGGGCCCUGCCUAGAGCUAGGAGGAAGCCAAAUGAGGCGGUAACACCGCUUACUGGUAGUCGUGGGAGGGGCAAGCUGAGCCCCAAUAAAACUGAACUGGUUGAGAAAUUCCUGUUAUCAUCAGUGGCCAGUCCGUCUCCUGUUGAAGAUUUCCAUUGUUUUAAAGAUGAAGAUCAUUCUAGUGAUUCCCUUAAUCACUCAGAACACAGUGCUAAGUUAGAUAGUUCACUGGAUCCUGUGCGUGAGCAGUCCACGGCCACUGGGCCAGGACUUGUUGAUCCUUUGUCCUUGUUACCUCCCCUUAAUCUGGAGGAGAUUGUAUGGGAUGAAGAAGAGGAUGAGGGUGUGCUAGAAACCGGUAAGCGGUCAGUUACAAACAUUGAUGUGGAGCGACUGUCAAACUAUCAUUGGAUGGGAGUGAAUGGGACAUACGACAGUGCGGGCAACUGGCGGGACUGGAUGCAAACUUACUCCGUGCCCACGUUUGACGGGGAAGUGCUCCAUAUCCUGCCCUAUGUAAAUAUUGACUGAGUCACACGGACUCUGUGAUGCAUUGUUGUUUCUGUCAUGUCUACUUCUUCCUCCCAGGACCAGGCUCACAUCUUAUUUAAGAAAAAAACAUUUAUUGAUGAUUUACUUGAUAUGUGUAAAAAGCCAAAUGUUACAAAUAUUGAAGUAUUAAAAUGUUGAAGGCACAUUAUAUUUGACUAUGGCAUUGAUGUUGUCUCGAGGGAGAUUUAAGAUGGUUACCAUGGUGAUCGAUGCAGAGCCGUUUUGUUAAAACAACCUUCACCUUUUAGUUUACAGAGACAUAUUUGUUACAGUUAAACAGUGGGAACUGUUCUCAUCUCUGUGUUACCUGCAUUGAAAGUCAAUGAUUUCCACAGUUCAGAUGCCUCAAAAACAUAGGUGUGUAUGAUAUAUAUAUGUAUAUAUAAAUUUAUAUAACAUAAUAUAUAUAUAUGUGCAUGUAUAUACAUGUAUAAACUAAAGUGCUGUAACAUUGAUUUUCUUGUGAAUUACAUUUGAAACGUCUGCAAAUCAGCUAUAAACAAAUUAUUUAAGUUAUUCUGGGAAAUUUUCCGUUCAGAUACAUGUGGGUGUCAGUCACAGUGUCCAAACCAUUUUGACAUACCUUGUUUGACUGUUGGAUUGUGUUCUUUGCAUUUGUACAGUUUAUACCACUGAGUAGUUGUGUUGAUGUUGAAUGCUACAUGUGACAGAAUCCUGGCAUGUAUAUGUCGUGUGGACUUUUACGAUACACAGUUAGUGGUUAGAUUUUGGAGUACCUCCCUUUCUCCAACUUCAGCCCCCCCCCCCCCCCCUCAAACCUCCCCUCCCCUCCCUCCCCACCAAAGUGUCACAGCUAUGCACUGUCUGUAUCACACCUUGGCCACGGGUGGAGGCCACUGGGUAGAAUCAUUGAUCUUAUGCCCCUAUCGGAGUCUUUUAAGCCUUGUAUGCAAGUUUGUUUUUUUUCAAAAGAAGAACCAUGAAGUACACUGAAAAAAAGGGAUCUACAAUCUGUAACUUUGUGAAGAGUUAGCACAUAAUAAAGAUUUGAACUUUUAUAUAUUUCAUAAGGACAGUUUAUAAUGUUAAAUGUUGGUAAACAAAGAGGGACUGUUGGGUAACCUUCCUUCUAAGAAGGAGUGCUCUUUGAUGCACAAUCCGGUGUGGUAAAGCAAGGUUGAUAAAUGAUCAAUUCAAUUCUCAGUGCUGCUGUCAGGGCCGACUUAGAACACGUGGUCAGCACUGUUUUGUUUUGUUCAUACAUGUGCAUGUAUAGCAAUACCCAUGUGUGGCAAAGGGUCGAAAAUGGCUGAACAACCCAUAAUCAUUCGUAGUUUAAUAAAUUAAUUCUUCACAAACUGCAAGAUAUGCUGAAAUUCUCUUGUUACAUGUACAUACCACAGAUGCUAAUACAGUCUGAACAACCCCCCAACACAAUACAUGCGCCUGUUCACAGGUUGUGUGAGGAAAACUGUCUUCUGUCUGCAGAUUUCUACACUACUGCUUCCGCUCUGUAUCACUAAUCCAGGCUCUUCACGAUCACAACUGACACUUUUAAGAACUGAUGCUCUUAACUAUUGUGAUAUUCUGAUUUGUUUCUUUUCACAGUUUCAUUAUUUCAAUUGUUACUGACCUUUUUUUUUUUUUUUUGAGGGUGAUAUUUGUUGUAACAAAGUGGCUCUCCUGACAUAAUC